AUGGUGGAAUUUGGUAGCGGCGAGUUCAACUCGGAACACAACACACGGGGCCCGGGAUACAGACGAUAGCCACGCAGUUGCGCGCGAGCGGUCUACAAGCGUCAUCCACCACGCGAGUUUCGAGCAGAUUCUCUCUCCGACACCUUCGCCCAUUCGGACUAUUUCUCGCCAAGCAUGACGAUGGCGAUGACAAUGAUUUUCACGCUCGUUUGCUGCGCUGCACUCGCACCCGUCGCGCUGUGCGGGAAAGUCGCGAUAUCCAACAUCUCCAAAGAGCAAAUCAAGAAUAUCGGCGAGCAAGUGGAGUUCAAUUGUACCGUGCAAAACAACGACGACAAUUACAAGGUGUUCUGGUUCAAAUUUACCAAGGAUGGGAGAGACCAAGUGCCUCUCGCCACCGAUGGUGAGACUACUCUGCGCGACAAUAGGUUCCACGCCAGUUACGACAAGCAGACUUCUACGUAUUCGUUCAGAAUCGAUAAGCUGCAGGAAAGCGACACGGGCUUCUACCAAUGCCAGAUUAUCAUUUCAGUGAGCGAAGUAGUGAGCGCUAACGUGGAACUUCAAAUACGCCGACCGCCCACCAUCAGCCAGAACACCACGCAGUCCGUGAACGUCACGGAGGGCUGGCCGUUCGAGCUUCACUGCUACGCCGAUGGCUUUCCCGUGCCGCGCAUAUCCUGGAAACGGGACGACGACCUGCUGCUCUCCACCGGUGGCGUCAUUUUCCGCGGCAACGUCCUGAAGAUACAACUGGCGAGCAAGGACGACCGCGGGCUGUACUACUGCGUGGCCGAGAACGGCGUCGGCAGCGAGGCUCGCGCGAACGCGAGCGUACGCGUGGAGUUCCAGCCAGUGGUGCUGCCCGUGAGGCCGCGAGUCGGCCAGGCGCCGGGCUACGACGUCGGCUUGGAGUGCAAGAUCGAGGCCUAUCCCGCGCCGAUGAUCAGUUGGUACAAGAACGGCGAGGAGCUGAAGAGGCAACCGAUCAAGUCGAGCGCCGACAAGUUCGUCGACACUCUCCAGCGUUACUCCGUCGGGUCGUCCGAUUACGGCGAGUACAUCUGUCGCGCCGAGAACAAGCACGGCCGCACCGAGACAAGGAUCGAUCUGUUCGAGACAAUCGUUCCAGUAUGCACCUCUUCGUGCGGCUAGAGCGAGAGAUUAUUUUACGACAACUGUAAUAUAGCCGACGAUAGCGAUACUUACGCCUAAUUUUACACGCACAGACGGACGCGCACGUCAACGUCAUUUUCUACUGCAAUAAUUUUUCUCAAAGUGCUCGGAAAGUUGUCUCUAAUAGAGGCACUGAGAGAAACAAUUAGUUGAACAGUGACAACCAUACUACCUACGCAGAAUCGAAGAUAAGCGAAAGGAAUGCUCUUUGUAUAUUACAAAAUAAACAACACAAGUACAAACUAA